GUCAUCGGUCCUGUGCCCGACGAACUGCCAGAGAACAAAAGAUCCGAACUUUUAAUUAGGUCAGAGUGCAAAACAGUCGUCUUGUUCGAGAGGAUCAUCCUCCUCCAUCUGGGUUUCCUUGGCUUAAUUGGCUUUACAAGAGACAAAGAAACGAACAGGAAAACAGGGUAAAAGUUUGAAAAUUUUCGAAGAGAGAAAGAGAGAUGGUGAGAGAAGAAAAAGUGGGGGAGAGAGAAUGUGGAGGAGGAGGAGGUGGAGAAGAAAUGGCGAAAAAGUGGAGAGAGUGUUUGUUGGUGGGCAAUAGGUAUAAGAGAACCGGUCCCUCUACUCCCCCACCCAGUUGGCGCCUCCAUUUCUCUCCACCGCCGCGAGACGGGGCUUCCGCCGCCGUCGAUAGUAAGGAGUUCCUGACGAAUCCGGCGACGACGGCGGUUUCUGCCCGGAAAUUGUGCGCCGAAUUGUGGGAAAUCGAACAAUUCCGGCCACCGAUCAUGCGGAGAGAUCUUCGUAAGCUUGGGCGAGUUCGUCGCCGAGAUAAGGUUGAAGAAGAGGCUUCUGAUACGGAAACACUGCAUGAUGGCCCUCCUCAUGAUCACCAGAGGGAAAUCUCAUCAAAGCUUGGUCCUGAUCAUAGACAGGUCCAGAGGAAUGGCCAUGGCGUCCAACCAGUCUCUCCCGCAAGUUACAGCAGCUCAUUGGAGCCCCCGAGCUAUAGUCUGAAAACCUCGACGAAAGUUCUCAAGAUGCUGAACCGGAUAUGGAGCCUAGAAGAGCAGCAUGCUGUUAAUAUGUCACUGGUCAAAGCUCUCAAGAUCGAGUUGGAUCGAUGCAGAGAGGAAAUCAAGGAGUUGCAGAUGGAGAAACAUGCGGAUAGAGAAGGUAUCACUGAGCUAAACGAGAGUAAGUUCACGAGGAGGAGAACAGAACAAGAGAAGCCGAAGAGGCGGUCAGACGGGUUGCACUGGAAAUUAGGGCAAGAACUCUGCCAAGUGAAGCUUUGUCUUGCCGAAGCUUUGAAAGAACUUGAACGGGAGAGAAGAGCGAGUGUUCUUCUGGAGAAUCUGUGUGACGAGUUUGCAGAAGCGGUAAAAGAAUACGACGUAAGGAGACUGGCGGGGAAGUCUCCAGAGGUCGAGAGGGAAAACGUAGAAAGACUAAUUGUGCAUGUAGCAGAAGCAUGGCUCGACGAGAGAGUUCAGAUGAAGUUACAGGAAGAUGAAGAGGAUUCACCGGGAAAUACCUGCAUUGUGGAUAAGUUAGGUCUCGAUAUAGAAACAUUUCUCAGAGCUAAACAAAUCCGUGGUUCAACGAAAGAGAAAAAAGGUCAUCCCCUGCAGUUUAAUCGCUCGAACAGAUUUGAACAAAGUCGCAGUGAAAGUAAGUCACGUUCUCUUGGUCUGAACAGGAGUUCGAGCCGGAGACAGAGGAAAGGCAGUGAGAUGAAGCAAAGGGUUAGCUCAAGUAAACUCGAAAAAGCUUCCAACUUGCAGAAUCUGGUCGGCUGGUACGAGUACGACUACCAUAUUGCGACAAGCAAUGCCCGGUUUCCGGAAAAGGAAAUAAGAAGAGACAACCAGCCCGAGAUUUUACGAGAACUAUGCAGUCGGAAAAGCGAAUGGGUCGGUGAGAUUCACGGAAUGGGAUCGAAUCAAGCUCCUGACUGUAUGGUGAGGAACCAGUCUGUAUCAUCUGAAGGCGAAAAGAUUCACCCAGAGAGUUGUAGUGGUAGUUCAAAGGAAAUCGAGCAUUGCGGUUCACACGAUGUAGACAAGUCUAGAACUUGUCCGAAGCAGACUCGAAGUGUAAAAGACAACUCUCUGCAGGCAAAACUGAUGGAAGCGCGGCUUGAGAGCCGGCGUUUGCGUUUGCGUUUUUGAAACCCGCGUUUCCGUGAGCCGCAGCCACAUGGUAUGAAGCAAUCUCCGAGCCCUCUGGUUCAUCUUGACCCUUUCGAGAACUCGACGCCUCACACGACGCAUGCAGUUUGUUGAGUAUACUUACAUAUGCUUAUGCAAGUUAUGCAUAUAAGCGGAAAUACGUACACGGUACAUCUAUGCGUAUGGAUGGUUCCAUCAGUUUGAUUGUUUGGCUAUUCAUCUGCAAUUUGCUAAACCAAUGAAUGUACCGAACGAGCAAACCGGUUCACGAGCCAUCUCAAUUAAGGAACUUCGUUAGAGUCA